CUUAAAAAAUCUAUGGCGAGACUUUUCUUUCACUUUGUAUUUGCUCUUAUUAUUGCAUCUUAUUUAUCAUCGGUAUCUGAUGCGAUCGUAAGAGACUUGCAUGAACCAUGCUUUUGUCCUUCUACGGAUCCUAACUGCAACUGUGGCGAUGAUCUUCACGUUCUUACUACCAGAGUGAUUGCCCCUAGCCCUCACAUCAAACAGUGUGUGCGUUGCCACAAAAACUCUUUUUGUAACAAAAUAUGUCCGCCAAAGUGCAAAUACAAAGUCUGUAUAUACAAUCGAGCAUGUGAUUUCGCUACAUGUUCGUGCUAUUUAUGCUGAUUAAGUGAUUAGUAAUGCAGCUUCGGUGGACGCGUAUA